CCUCAACGUCUUCUAUUCUUUUUGUUUCUAGUCGCUGGUCGCCCGUUCUGUGACGAGCACAAGACGGCCUGUAAUUUCUUAACUCGCUGGCACAUUUAUAGGCCCAUUUAAGGAGAAUGAGCGUGGACAGACGGAAUGACCGCCGGGCGAAGAGGACUGCUCAUUCAUCUCCCUACGCUCGGCCAACAAGACACACCAAGCCAGUUCCAACGAAAAAAUCUCUAUGGAGCAUUUCAGGUUUAAUGAGCUUCUUACGAUUCGGUGGCACGGAGGAGGAUGAUCGAGCUGAGGAUCUGGUUCAGGAACAGGAGGGGCCUCCUCGUAUACCGGCUCGUCGAGUUCAACUUGAUCGGAACUCUGAGCCUGAGUUUGUGCUCCCUCUUCCUCCUGGUGAUGUACCACCAGGGCAUGAGCCUUCGGAUGAACUAGUUUACCCACCUGCUUGGGAUGCUCAACAGCCGGGACCUUCGAAUCGGACAUCCCAACCCGUCACGCCCACCCGACAGCCUCUUUAUAGUUUGAACACACCACCUCACCAAAGCAAUGUUUCCCCCUACUUGCAGCAUAGUCCGUCGCUUGCUAAGAACCUCGAGCCUGUCACUCGUUUCCUUGUCGAGAAAGCGGGGCGGCCUCUUAACGAAUUCGAGGCAGCUGGCAUUGUGGACUACAUCCAGAAGAACGUGCAAGCAGACAAACCGGAGCCAUUCCGGUUCUCGACAUCUCCGUCGCGUGGAACCUCUCCUAACCAUGGGUUCGGGACACCAAACGGUGCAUCAGGCGACGCACAUGCCCCGAAGAAGACGCUUUCGCGCAAUCCUAACGGCAUAUUGCGCUGGCAGGGUGCGGGUAGUGCCCGUCCACGUAACCGAUAUCGAUCGCCUGGGUUUGGGUCACGGCCUCAAGGCCCUCGUAUUGAGCUAUCUCCUAUACGGACGCCUUCCGCAACCGACGGCAAACGUCGCCGUGUUGGCAAUGAAGCUGAGUCUUCGACUGCACAGAAGUCUGCGUCCCCAGUACCGACGUCUACAAUUGAUUUCCCGACUUCAAACUCUACUUCUCCCACCUGUUCUGGACCUGCAGUCAACGGAAAGACUACAGUUUCACCAGUGUCUGCAUCGACAUUGGCUCCGGCGCCUGUUGUUACGCCGAAAGCGAAUGGAACAGCCACGCCUCGUUUACGCACAACGGCGGGCCUUUCUGUAAAGCCCACGACCCCAGCCGUACCUUCACCUUUACGACAAACGUGGAAGCAGAACGACUCACCACCACAGCCUCCAACACGACCCACGCGCGCUGCAAACUAUAUGACGGGGCUCAUUAAAGAAGUCACUCCCCUUAAGAAACCUGACGUGGCGAACCCAUACCAGACUGCGAGUCCUGUGAAGAUGCCCGCUAGGAAGGCUCCCGCAAGACGUUCGCGCCCUCCAGCAGAGAAGAAAGAGAAGCAGAAGGAGCCAGAAAUGACCGUGCAAGCGAUUAUUGAAGCCACAGUGCCGAAGGGAAGCAAGCGCGCAAGGCCUCCGCCAGAUAUGGAGAGGCAAGAGAAACCAACCCGCGAAGCUCAGGACACAUAUGUCCCGAUGACCAACGGCCACAGCAAGAUCGCAAAACCAACAAUUACUCCCGAAGAAGUCUCAGACCAGGACGAAAGCCCUACGAAGAAGCGAAAGACCACGAAACCUGCUCCCGUUAUGCUAUCUGUGGAAAAGGUGGAGGAUGUGGAGAUGAUUCAGGACAAAUCUACGGUCUUUAUGCGGCCUACCGAGAUUAUCGAGCCAACUGAAGACGCCCCCUCGUCACUCACCACGCCAAGCGCUUCGCCGUUCCCCUCACAUGCUCCCUUUUCGCCUUCGUCGACGAAGAAUGCAUUUGUAGCCAAGACGUCGGCUCCUAGGGAACCAUCCAAGUUGCGGUACAGUUACUACGCUGAUAAGGAGACUGCGUCAGCUGAGGAGGAACCUAUGUCUGAGGCACCGCCGGCACCGUUACUGGCAUCCCGUUACCUCCCUCAGACCACAUCCCCAAAGGCGAAGCUGCCCCCUAAGGAAGUUGUGGCGGCUAUGGAUGUCGAUGAACUGCCAAAGUAUAGCCUCAAGCUUGCUGAGGCUGCCUAUCCCCCUGGGCCCAGCCACGUCAAAGCUCGCAUCGCAGCUGCAAGCAUGUCUCUGCUCUCCCUUCCUACCUUCGAGUUCAAACCGGUAGCACCAUCCACAAAUGGGUUCAACUGGACCGCAGCAGGCAUGAAAGCACCUACUGCUGCUACCUCUGGUGUUUGGUCAUGCGACAUAUGCAUGCUGGAGAAUCCUGACAGCGCCAAGGAUAAGUGCACAAUUUGCGAUGCACCGAGGUCAGGUGGUGCCCCCAAGCCUGCAGAUGUGCCUCCUCAGAAGAUAUUCGACUGGUCAAAAACUGCUAUCAAAGUUCCUUCAAAACCCGUUGGGACUUGGCAAUGCGAUACUUGCAUGCUUUCUAAUCCAGACAGUGCGAAACUCAAAUGCACUGUCUGUGACGCGGCCCGUCCUGGCGCGGCAUCUGCCCCGGUUCCUGCAGUGUUUGACUGGUCUGCUGCAGGGUUGAAAGUCCCAGGUUCAUCCGCGGAUACGUGGACUUGUUCCCUUUGCAUGCUGAACGUACCUACCAGCGCGACCAAGUGUACAGUUUGUGACACUGCUCGGGAUACGAUGGACUGAGUUCAGAAGAAAGCGGCGGCACGGAGAACUAAGUCGUGUAUGUGCUCCACUUCAGGAGCAAGGGAUGGCGUUGGGGUCAGAAUGAAAGUUGCAUAGCGUUACCGCGGUACUUUUUCGUCACUUGUAACCAUCAGCUUGUUGUCCCAUC